AUGUCUCUUCCUCAAGAAUAUGAUCUCAUUGUAACGAAUGGGAUGUGCGUUACUGCGGCUGAUGCAGCGCCUUUGGACAUUGGAAUCGCAGGUGGGAAGAUAGUUCUUCUUGCCCCUUCAGGCUCUCUCGGAAAGGCCAACGCGUCAAAAGUCAUCAAUGCUGAGGGGGGAUAUGUCAUGCCCGGAGGCAUUGAUUGCCAUGUCCAUUUGCAAGAGCCAAGCAUGUUCGGGAAAGGCAGCUCAGCAGACAGCUACGAGUCUGGCUCUCGUUCAGCCAUUGCUGGAGGGUGUACCACGCUCAUUUCAUUUGCUCCUUUGCAGAAGGAAUCCGAGUCUCCGACUGAGGCAAUACAGGCCACACAUAGUCUGGCCGCAGGGAACUGCUACUGUGAUUACGGCUUCCACCUUCUUAUGGGAAACGCAGGCCCAAGGGCUCUAGCGGAAAUGAAACUCUUGAGGCAAAAGGGAAUCACCUCGAUCAAAAUCUACAUGACUUACCAGGCUCUCCAACUCCGCGACGGGGAGAUACUAUCCGUACUCCUGGCAGCGAGGGAGAACAAGAUCCUCACAAUGAUCCACGCAGAGAACGGAGACGUUCUAGACUGGCUGACCGAAAAGCUCGAGGAAGCAAAGCUCUUCGCCCCGAAGUACCAUUCCAACUCUCGCCCGCCAAUCCUAGAGUCCGAGGCGACCAACCGCGCCAUCGCACUCGCGAACCUGGUGGCGCAAACCCCGAUUCUGCUUGUCCAUGUCAGCGACCCAGCAGCCGCUUCCCGGAUUCGCGAGGCUCAGACUCACGGCCAGCCGGUCUUUGCAGAGACAUGCCCACAGUACCUGUUCCUCACCCGCGAUGACCUCGACAAGCCCGGCUUUGAAGGUGCAAAGUGCGUCUGCUCGCCUCCUCCUCGCAAUGCCGAGGACCAGAAUGCGAUCUGGACGGGCCUUCGGAACGGGACGUUCUCUAUCCUCAGCUCGGACCACUGCCCCUUCCGGUACGAUGACGCCCAGACAGGUAAGAAAACUUGCGUGACGGACGAGCACCCCGUUGGAAGAUUCAAGUACAUCCCCAAUGGUCUUCCGGGGAUCGAGACGAGGAUGCCACUGGCCUUCUCUGCCAGCAAGCUCGAGGUUACAAAGUUCGUUGAGGUCACAUCUACCAAUGCGGCCAAAAUGUAUGGACUGUAUCCACAAAAGGGCUCGAUCAUCCCUGGCGUAUCGGAUGCAGACCUGGUGGUUUGGUAUCCGGACGGGAAACUACCGAAUAUCACAUUGAAGAAUAACAUGUUGCACCACGAUGUGGACUACUCACCAUACGAGGGGCGACUCGUUAAGAACUGGCCAAGGUACACAAUCCUGCGCGGUGAGGUGGUCUGGGACCGUGAAAAUGGCGGCAUUUUAGGCAACAAGGGAUAUGGACAGUUCAUCAAGCGCGAGGCUAGUUCGUUGAGCGGUGUGUGGGAGACUGUGGAUCAACAUGGCCCAUUCAACUUAGAGACAUUGUGA